AUGGAUGUGAAGAACUGUACCAACCUAGUCAAGCGGAUGAACAAGCUCCUCGAUUCGCACGACGUGAAUGUUGUCAUGCGUUUGAGGCAGAGGGGGGGCGGCAGCCCCAACGGCGACCCAAACGAUGGCCCGAACGGCAGCCACACAGCGGAAGACGCUGCAGAAGACGCUGUUACUGUGAGGGAGAUACGAAGUAGCAGGGACAGCAAAGGAGAAGAAGUGCACGCGGACAAAAAAGUAGACCUGUCCGAUGUCUCCCUCUCAAAUUUGAAAAAGUACAUAACAUAUAGGAAGGCGCUCGAAGUGAAAAAAAACACGCAAGGGAAUGUAGCGACGGAGAAUGUAGCGAACGCGAAUGAUAGUGGAGGGAAAAGCAGCGAGAAGAACCCAGAGGGACUGUCCCAAAUGGACCAAGACGUUCUCAAAUAUUUCGAUGUGACACAGAAGCAAGAUUCGGUUACUUUUGAAAUUAAUGAUUUUAUUUUGCAGAAUGAAAUGUCUUUGGCCCAUCUCCCCCACAGGGGGCAGCCCGUCGUGGAUGCCUUUCCGGGCGAAGUGGGAAGGGGGUUGCGACAUGAAGUUGGUGAAGAGUUUGGUGAUGAGUUGGGUGAUGAGAUCGGUGAGGAGGUUGGCGAAGAGUUUGGUGAAGACUUAGGUGAAGAGUUUGGUGAAGACUUAGGUGAAGAGGUUGGCGAAGAGGUUGGUGAAGACUUAGGUGAAGAGGUUGGCGAAGAGUUUGGUGAAGACUUAGGUGAAGAGGUUAGUGAAGAGCUGGGUGAAGAAAUGGGAGAUGAGGUGGGAGACGAUUCUGGGGAAGACCUUCUAGAAGGAGACAACUUCGAAUCCCCUUUCACGAACGAAGAAUCCACCCCUCGAGGGAAGAAGACAAAAAUAAACAAAGACAAGAAGGGCCCAGCGGAGAAACUCCGAAUACACUUGCACACGCGGGGGAGUACCAAGAGUAAACACAAAUUUGAAAAUCUCUUCCCAAGCAACUUUGAAGAGAAAAUGGAGCUGCUGAUGGUUAUACUGAAGGAGGAGGAUAAAGACAAAAAGAAGGUCAUCGUGUGUGCAGAUGAGGAAGAGAGGAACAUGAUUCGAAUGAAGUGUAUAGUGGAGGGAGUCGAGUAUGAACAGAUUGUUAGCACGGUAAAGAAUAUAAAGAGGUACAUGGAGAAGGGGGGUAACUUCCGUAGCGUGUGCUUCGUUCUGAUGGACGAGCUGGCCAGCACGCUGGAGCUGCGCAAGGUGUGCAGCGGGCUGUCCGAGCGGGGUGACGGGAUCAGCGAUGGGAAAAGCAGCAGCCAAGUUGACCAUCGCGCCAAUCACGCCACGCACGGCAGCUGCACCGAUGGAGAGAACCUGCGCGACGCGCAGAGCGACGUGACCAUCUACCACUUCGCCGAGCACGCCCCCAAAGCACUGGCCCUGAAGAAGCUCUUCCACACCAUUGUUAACGGCGAAGAUAAUAUUAUGCUUUACAUGAAGCAUAGGACGCGCCAGGGGGACAAAACCCGAGAGGCGACCAGGGAGAGGAAAAGCAACCCGAUUGGCAAAACAAAUCACAACGACGUCUUCGUCCCCUACCGCAAAAGGGUUCGCAAGAAGAAGAUUUCCAAGAGCGAGGAGAAGUGGUUGGCCUUCAGAAGAAGGACGCUGAAGAAAAUUGAAGAGAUGAAGCAAAAGGCGCAUCUAAUUAAGAUGCGGAAAAUGAAAAAACGGGAUCAAAAGGUACAAAGGGUCAUUACCAAGUUGAAGUCAAAAUCGAAAUCGAAGGGGAAAGCGAAGGCGAAAGCGACCAAAGUGGUAGCAAAAAAAAAGUGA